AUGUUUUUAAUAUUUGGUUUGGUAAUCAAUUUACUCGCAAGAUUAUUACGUUUUUCUGAUCAAAAAACAUUAAAACAUAUUGAUUGGACAUUAUUUGGUUUGGAAAUUAUUUUUACUAUCGCACCGGUUAUUUAUGCAAUAGCCGCUUUGAUUGCAACCAUAAUUUUCACCUAUCAAUUAUAUCAAAAUCCACCUGUAACAACAUUAAUAUUCCUGAUUGAAUUAUAUGUAUUUGGUUUCGGUAUUAUCGUUAUAUUUAUCAUUAUAAUGGGUGCAUUAUGGUUAUUUAUUGAUGCUGAAUUACGUACGAUUUAUUUUCAGGAUUGUUUCCUACAACUAAAUUCAAUGAUGAAAAAUUCAACAAAAUUCAUUCAACAACAACAGCAAAAUCGUUCAUCAUUGAAUUAUUCGAUAGAAUGUGAACGACAAAUAAUGUUUUUUAUAUUUUGUCAUAAUUUUCUUUGUUGGUUUUUAAAUAAAAUAAAUCCAUGGUGGAAACGUAGAAAUCUAACAUGUGUUGCAUUAACAAUACCAAACAAUGCAAUGAUGGUCAAUCUUUUACUGUUUCAAACAUUUGAACCAAAAAGAUUUCUUGUUUUAUUUGCAUUCACUGCAUUACAAUUCCUGUUGGCAGCUAUUGCUAUUGGUAUUAUACCGGCUAUUAAUUAUUAUGCUAUUGGUAGCCGCCAAUCAUUAUUUGAUUAUUUAGCAUUAUUAUCAACAACAACAACAACAACAACAAAACAUUCGAUUUCAAUUCGUACAAAAAUCAAAACAUUAGUAUAUUUAGAACGUAUUACAUCCGAACGUAUGUUAAUUGGUGCACAGAUUGGUAUUGAACAAUAUGUUAUUACAUAUGCAUCGUAUUGGCAGUUUAUUGGACUUUAUAUAGGUUAUUUUUUUCGAUCAAUCAAAUUGUUUUAUUCGAAUCGAAUGUAAACUUGAACUUGAAAAACGCAAAAAAAAACUAAUAAU